UGUCAGUGCAUUGAAAAACCCACACAUGCGUAUAUAUGCUGCCUUUAAGAAGCAACAGAAAGGCUCUAAACAUGAAACAUUCUUGGCUUGUGAUAUGGGUUGGAACAUUGUUUUUGAAUCCAGUGACUGCUGACUGCAACAUUACUUCCCAAACUCAGGUCAUUUGUGACGAGUCUGGAAAGAACCUCUCUAAUAUCCCCACCAACCUUUCUCAAAACGUUACUAAAUUAAGCCUCAAAAACAAUAAAAUCACUUUAAAAGAUAGUGACAAAGAGAUUCUUGGACGUUUUAUUAACCUCACUGAACUUCAUCUGAAUAAAAACAGGAUUACUGAACUGCACAAGAACAGCUUCUGCAAUCUGAAAAAACUCAUAAAUCUGGAUAUCAGCAACAAUCAUAUUAGCACAGUUCAUAAAGCAGCAUUUGCAGGAUUAAAUCAACUGUCCAUGUUGAAUCUAUCCUAUAACAUGAUUGCUCAAUUAGAUUCAGAUGCAUUUACUUCUCUAGAAAGCCUGACGGUUUUAAAUCUACAGUGUAACUUACUGAACUACCUUCAUAUAAAAUCAUCUUUUAAAUUGAUUAAAAUUGUUUUAGCUGGAAACCCGUGGAUCUGCUCCUGUGACCUCCUUGACUUACAGAUAUGGCUAACUGCCUCCAAUGUUACAUUGGAAAAUGAAAGCAACACUACAUGUACGCUACCAACCAAGAAAGAAAUCUCCAUCAAGAUGGCUAUCCAACCAGCUGACUGCAAAAUUGAAAAAACUUCUUUAGAAAACACUGUAACUUCCACUCCUGUCAUUAACCUUAGAAGUAGUGCCUUAAUAACAGCUCUGACUCCAAACAUCACUGGAAACAAUGGAACACAUGCAGAGUUACCACUUCUUGGCAAAAGUUGGACCUUCCUGGCAGGUGUCCUAGGAUUUGUCCUAGGCACUACACUCCUGAUUUUUACUGCUGUAAAAUGCCCAACAUGGUAUCAUUAUGUGAUCAGCUACCGACACCGUCGUCUGGAAGAAAAUGACCCAGAGAGGUUUGAACAGGAGUUCUCAGCUGAUAUGAGCCCUUCUCCUUCAGUACUGGGUACAAACAGUGAAGAACCCAUUGUAAUCUUUGAGAAAAUUCAUGCAUUUGGGGAUGCAGAAGAUGGAUUUAUUGAGGAUAAAUACAUUGAUUCUUAUGUAAAUGAGGAGAGUUAAUGUCUUAAACAAUGAAUAAUGCACUGACUUUUCAAAAAUGUAGAACACUUGUACUUCCAUUUUACACUACUCAUGUACAAUACAAAAUGAAGUUA